UGCACAAUGACAAUUUUCCACAUAAAAGUUACCACAGGGCGGAAAUUUGGGGGAGCGACUCAGGCGAACGUAUACAUCACACUUCACGGUGACGAAGGGAGUACGGGUCGUAUACAACUAAGAAACAUGGCUAGUGAUUCGCGGGACGAUCAGAACUUCCAGCUAGGGAAAACAGAUGAGUUCAUUAUCGAAUCAAACGACAGAAUAGGAAAACUCUCAAAGAUAACUAUUGGUCAUGAUAAUUUGGAGGCCGGGGUAGAAAAUGCAGACUGGUUUUUGGAAAAAGUGGAGAUCGCUUGUCCACAGGAGAAUAUGUCCUGGCACUUCCCGUGCCACGAAUGGUUAGCGAUGGACAAGGGAGACGGCAAAAUCGAGAGGGGUUUACACCCACGGCCACUGUAACUAAAGGAAGGGGAGCUCUGCGCCAUGUUGAUAUUUAUUAGUCAUUCUAUCAUGAAGAAGUGCGAGUUACAUGCAUGGGAGGGGUACCCACUCUCGAUCAAUUUAUUUUUUAAAUAACUGGUUACAAUGUUAUAUUCGAGUGUUCUUUUCAAAAAGGGGGUGUGAUCGCACCUAACGCCUCUGUCCCGAUGGCCUU